AAAGUGGCCGCCCGCCCGCCCAGCGCUCACCAGUUGGUACCCGCAGGGCGCGUGCGCACUUGUUCCCCAGGAUCUGACAACAUGCCGCUGGUCAUUGUGGUUCACGGAGGAGCUGGUGGAAAUGCUCCUCACCCUGAAGAUCGUCAGGAAAAGUUACGCCAGGGGGUGACCAAAGCUGCUUUGAAGGGAUAUGACAUCCUCAGAGGAGGUGGGCGGGCAGUGGACGCCGUCGAAGGGGCAGUGGUUGUGUUGGAGGAUGAUCCGGAGUUUAAUGCAGGAUGCGGAUCAGUUUUAAACGAGCAAGGUAAAGUAGAAAUGGAUGCAGUUAUAAUGGACGGAAAAGAUCUCUCCUCAGGAGCAGUUUCAGCAGUAAAGCAAAUCGCCAACCCAAUCAAACUCGCCCAUCUCGUAAUGGAAAAGACAAGGCAUACAAUGCUGACAGAUCAAGGGGCAGCACUUUUUGCCAAAGCUAUGGGGGUCCCUGAAAUUCCUGAAGAGCACCUAGUGACAGAACAGAAUUUAAAGCGACUGGAGAAAGCGAAACUUAAAGGGGCCCAGCUACCAGCGUCUGAAAAAGAUCUCGGAACAGUCGGUGCCGUUGCCAUGGACAGCCAAGGAAAUGUGGCCUCUGCCACAUCCACGGGGGGUGUCGUGAAUAAGAUGAUUGGCCGCGUUGGGGACUCACCAUGCAUCGGAUCUGGAGGGUAUGCUGACAAUCACAUAGGUGCCGUAUCUUCCACCGGGCAUGGAGAAAGCAUUAUGAAAGUGAAUCUAGCCAGACUUACACUCUUCCACAUGGAGCAAGGAAUGUCUCCAGAAGAGGCGGCCGACACCGCAUUAAAUUACAUGAAGACCAGGGUGCAGGGUACGGGGGGACUCAUCGUCGUUAGCAAGGAGGGAGAAUGGACUGCCAAAUGGUCCACCUACUCCAUGCCUUGGGCGGCAGUCAAGGACGGCCAACUGCAGUACGGCCUCAAUCCUGGAGAAGUCUGUCCACCUGAGGCCCUCAAAGCUUAAAAGUUUCUCCAUCGUGAAGAGGAGCGUUCCGGUGGAGCGGAGGCAGUGAAUAAUCGGAUUCUUUGGUCUGGAGCUACGAAUAAAGUUAGUGGGGGGGGUGGGGGGUUAUGGGGCUGGGCUCCCACCUUGAAGGGUUUCAGUCCGUCUAGUCGGGAUGUGAGCAGGAGCCGGCCAGCAACGUGUUUUUUUUCCCCUCGUGGAGGAUCAGUGGUGACCACUUUGACAGGCGGGUCUCAAGAAGGUGGCUCUCUGCCACUUGCCCCCAGCUUAAUAACUCCAGCGAUUGAUUCUGCCCCUGGCUGGCAUGGAGACAGUUAAGAAUCCUAGUGAGGGGUGAGACCUUAAUUUGUCCCGUUUCGGGAUUACUGAUGGAACCGUCCCUGUCGGAUCAGACUCGUUACCCAGAAAUCGUGUCUUUGGGCUUGUGUGAACUCCUGUCGUGCGGUCCAUCGCGGCGUUACAAUGGGAGGAAUGAGCUUGUUUGUGCCUGGCCGAGGAGGAAGUGACACGGUAUAGCAGAGUCUGUACCUAGAACAUCCAGUGUUCUGUUUUCUUUUCCGUCCCCACCACCCCCCGCUGAGAGUUUAGAGGGCCUGUUCCCAAGCUUUGAAGGCAGUGAAAGGAAAGGAAAGAUCCCAGCUAAGGAAAUGCUAACAAUGUGCCUCUUUAUGCUGGAAAUAGCACUUACUGGGAAAUUUUUACUACCGACUUAAUUAGCAUUUCGGCCAAACUCUGGCUAGGGCUGGGCUCCAACCUCUCACUCUGAAAGACUAGCACAUCUAAACUGCAUUGUAUACUGUGAAAAUACCAAUAAACAUGUAUUUUGAAAGAA